GAGAGUACGCGUGGGGCUGGAGCACUUGCUUAUCUGUACAGGCAGCUUGGUAUUGCCUCCCAGGCGGAGGCUAAGGGAGUGACGUGUUGUUUGACUUUACUACAGUGUUGGAUUUACAACCACUUUCCUACCUUGAGGCCUAGUCGGUUGGAGCCACGACAAAUUAUAUUUCUAAAUUUUGAUACUUUUUAA